AUGGCGAAUGAGUUUGGCGAUUUUUUUCGCUCGAUUCCGUUAAUUACGAGGCAUUGGUUUGCUGCUUCUAUAAUUUUUCCUUUGCUGGGUAGAAUAGGGCUCUUGCCAGCUCAAUGGAUGUAUUUGGAUUGGAAUCUCAUUGCUUAUAAAUUUCAAUUUUGGAGACCCAUCACCUCAUUAGUUUACUAUCCUCUUUCCCCACAAACUGGAUUCCAUUGGCUUAUUAUGAUUUAUUUUCUCUAUCAAUAUUCCAAAAGUUUGGAAGAAGGAACUUAUGCCGGUAGACCAGCGGAUUACUUGUUCAUGUUGUUAGUCAAUUGGAUAGUGUGCACGGGUCUUUGUCUUGCUCUCGGGUCUUACUUUAUGUUGGAGCCUAUGGUUAUAAGUGUGCUCUAUGUUUGGUGUCAACUAAAUAAGGAAACCAUUGUCAGCUUCUGGUUUGGAACUCGUUUCAAGGCUCUCUAUUUGCCGUGGGUUCUCUGCGGUGUGAACGCCGUUUUGCGCGGUAGUGGAUUUGUUGAGUUGUUGGGUAUCCUUAUUGGUCAUACUUAUUAUUUCUUGGCCUUCAAAUACCCUGAAGAUCACGAUGGAGCUCAGCUCAUUUCGACACCUUCGUUCCUUGUUGACAUGUUGCCUCAUCAAGUUGGGGGUGUUCACGGAAUGGCUGGUGCUCAGCCUGAAGCACGUCGGGCUCCUGCCCAACCUAGACGCCAUGCUUGGGGAGAGGGACGUCCUCUUGGACAAUAA